AUGACUCUGCCGACUCCCUUUACUUUCCUGUCACCCAGUGCAGGAGUCGAUGAUGAAGAUGCCUGCUUCUGCUCUGCUUUCUUUUUUUUUUCUCUUUCUUUCUUUUUGGCCUCUGCAGGCAUUAAAGUCGAUUACAUCAUCGGGCGGAAGUGGAUGUUCCGCUCCGAUAGGCUGCCCGACCACGUGUCUCCUGCCAAGCCUUCUGCUUAUGCAGCAGCAGAAAAAGGAAGAAGAAGUCAAAAGCAUGGCAGGCAAAAACGACAGGCAAAGGGCAAAGCAAAAAAGACGAUAGGAGGCAUUAUUUGGCCGGGAUGA